UAUACGCGACGGUGGGCAACUCUACCCCCAACUCUGUUCACGGCUACGCUGCAGAGAUGCUGUCUAGGUAACGUUAGGCGCUAGCUAGCUAGCUAGCUUGGUGUUGAGACGCGGCCAGAGACAGUGAGGGAGAAACGCCAGCAGGGCAACAAACACCGACACACACAAAGGACACGCUUUAUUUGACUGAGAGCUUCGGGUGGUUAGGAGAUGGCAGGAAAGAUAUCCAAAGAAGAGCUGGAGGAGUUGCGGGACGCCUUUGGGAAAGUUGAUUUAAACGGCAAUGGCUUUAUCUGUGACUAUGAGCUUCAUGACCUGUUCAAAGAGGCCAAUCUGCCCCUGCCUGGGUACAAAGUCCGAGAGAUCAUCCAGAAACUGAUGGAAGAGGGUGACAAAGACAAGGACAAUAAGAUCAGCUUUGAUGAGUUUGUGUCUAUCUUUCAAGAGCUGAAGAGCAGUGACAUAGCAAAGAGCUUCCGGAAGGCCAUCAACAGGAAAGAGGGUAUCUUGGCUAUCGGAGGCACAUCUGAGCUCUCCAGUGCGGGCACACAGCACUCCUUCUCAGAGGAGGAGAGGUUUGCUUUCGUGAACUGGAUCAACACAGCACUGGAACAAGACCCUGACUGUAAACAUGUGUUGCCCAUGAAUCCCAAUACAGAUGAUCUCUUCAAGGCUGUAGGUGACGGUAUUGUGCUGUGUAAAAUGAUCAACCUGUCAGUACCUGAUACUAUUGAUGAGAGGACCAUCAACAAGAAGAAAGUUACAGCAUUCACAAUACAGGAGAAUCUUAACCUGGCUCUUAACUCGGCCUCUGCCAUUGGCUGUCAUGUGGUCAACAUCGGGGCUCUGGACCUUCGAGAAGGCAAACCUCAUCUGGUUUUGGGCCUGCUGUGGCAGAUCAUCAAAAUUGGUCUGUUUGCUGACAUUGAGCUGAGCAGAAAUGAGGCUCUGGCAGCACUGUUGAGGGAUGGAGAGACACUAGAGGAUCUGAUGAAACUGUCUCCAGAGGAACUGUUGCUUCGCUGGGCCAACUUCCAUCUGGAGAAUGCGGGCUGGAGCAAGAUCAACAACUUCAGCCAUGACAUUAAGGACUCGAGGGCUUAUUUCCACCUGCUCAACCAGAUCGCGCCGAAAGGUCAAAAGGAGGGUGAAGAUCGUAUUGACAUUGACAUGUCAGGCUUCAGCGAGAAAGAUGACCUGAAGAGAGCCGAGUGUAUGCUGCUGCAGGCAGACGGGCUGGGCUGCAGACAGUUUGUCACGUCUACUGAUGUCGUGUCUGGCAACCCUAAACUCAACUUGGCCUUUGUGGCCAAUCUCUUCAACAAGUACCCAGCGCUGACCAAACCCGAGAAUCAAGACAUCAACUGGGGACUUCUGGAGGGAGAGACCAGAGAGGAGAGGACUUUCAGAAACUGGAUGAAUUCUCUGGGUGUCAAUCCUCACGUCCAUCACUUAUACGUUGAUCUUCAAGAUGCUCUGGUCAUCCUGCAACUUUAUGAGAAGAUCAAGGUUCCUGUUGACUGGAGCAACAAAGUCAACAAGCCUCCAUAUCCUAAACUAGGAGCCAACAUGAAAAAGCUGGAGAACUGUAACUACGCUGUGGAACUGGGGAAGACCAAAGCUAAUUUCUCGCUGGUGGGCAUCGGGGGGCAAGACUUGAAUGAUGGGAACCCAACGCUCACUCUCGCCCUGGUCUGGCAGCUCAUGAGGAGAUACACUCUGAAUGUACUAGAAGGCCUGGGCGACGGACAGAAGGUCAACGACGACAUCAUCGUCAGCUGGGUUAAUAAGACUUUGUCACAAGCAGGAAAAUCAACCAAAAUAUCCAGUUUCAAGGACAAAGAGAUCAGCUCCAGUCUGGCGGUGUUGGACCUGAUUGAUGCCAUCCAGCCUGGCUGCGUCAACUACGACCUCGUGAAGAGAGGAAGCCUUAGCGACGAAGACAAACUGGACAAUGCAAAGUAUGCUGUAUCCAUGGCCAGGAAGAUUGGUGCUCGUGUGUAUGCCCUGCCUGACGAUCUAGUCGAGGUCAAACCCAAGAUGGUGAUGACCGUGUUCGCGUGUCUAAUGGGCAGAGGGAUGAAGAGGGCGUAAAACGGGAACCUGAGGUCAAUCAGACGCUGAUGUCCUACCCAAAAGCCAUUUUGCUGGUUGAAAGGCUUCUGGUUCAGUAAAUUUAUUACAACCACAAUAAAAAAAAAAUUGCCAACAGAUGUUAAAGAAUCAUGUUUAAGUUGGGCAGGACUACAAUGUUGAAAUGGGCUUGAAGUUUUUGGAAAGGGAGGGUUGGUUCUUUUAGACCAAAACAAUUACGAUUCCAUCUAAAAAAAAAAA